UGGUGGCUCGGCGGCUUCCGUAGACCGGAAGUGAGCGACAACAUGGGGCUGGAGAAGAAAUCUUCCGCUCGGGUGGAGGCCGGGCAGCGUAGAGUCCUGGAUGAAGCCACCAGACAGAGGAGGCUGACCCGCCAGCUGGACGCUCUGGAGAAGGACAACUUCCAGGACGACCCUCUGUCCUCCCUCCCUCCCCCAGGUCCUACUGCACGCCUCCCCGCCUUCAGUGAGACAGAAGAACCAGAGAAGAAGAGGAGGAAGACAAGGGGCGAUCACUUCAAGCAGCGCUUCAGGAAGAACUUCACCACGCUGCUUGAGGAGGAGAACCUGUCGGAGAGGCCGGAGCCUAACUACCUGUCUGCUGCGGCCCCGCCCUCCUCUCUGCCCCCCCGACACUUCUGCUGCGUCUGUGGGUUCCCCUCUCACUACACCUGCACCACCUGUGGGGGGCGCUACUGCAGCAGCAAGUGUCUGUGUACACACAGGGAGACCAGGUGUUUGAAGUGGACGCUCUAACUAGAGGACAUCUGGUCAAGCUCCAGCUGAUUAGCAUAGCUUAGCACAGAGACUGGAAACGGAGGGAAACUGCUAGCGUUUAUUAACACGUUCGAUCUGAUUUGUUUAACCUGAACACCGUCAUGAACCUCUUAUUAUUUGUUAUUAAAAUGUGUAAACGACCAGUGAAAGAGUUCCAGCUGUAAAGCUUUUCCGUGCUGUGUUCUGUUUAUUUUGUCCACCCCCUUUUCAUGCACAUCUGCCAAUAAAAGGAGCCACAAUAUUGUUCUGUAAAUAACGACAAGCGUUUUAGUUUAUUGUUUUAUUAAAGAAAAAGAAAUGUGA